AUGAGUGCUAGCGGCCCGCCGGCUCCCGGGGACGGCCCCGCACUGCCGCUCCCGCCGCCGCCAGGGCCCGGGCAGGGAUCCGCACCGCCGGCUCCCGCCGCCGCCGCCCGGGACGCCAUGGACGGGCGUGCCGAGCUGCCCGCCUUUGCCCGGGCCGGAGCCCCGCCGCUCGCGGCCAGCGACACGGUGCCCGCGGCUCCCGAGGGUGCCGGAGCGGCCCGGCCAGCCGCACCCCCGCGCCCCACUUCCUUCUCAGUACUGGACAUCCUGGACCCGAACAAGUUCAAUAGCAGAAGACGCCGCUGCGUGCUGCUGGGCCCCGCGGCCCCCGCUGCCUGCGCUCCGUGCGCCCCGGCCGCGUGCGCCCCAGUCCCCGCCGCCUCGGGACGCCCUCCUGGCGCAGAGGAGCUGGAGCGCCGCGCCCGAGCCGCCGCCGGGGGAGCCGCCGCAGGAGCCGAGCUGCCGAGUGCCGGCGACCCCUGCAAGGCGGACGAGGCCGAGCCCGACGGCUACUGCGGCGGCGGCAGGGGCGCGGACAGCGGGGACGAGGCGCCCGACGGCGAGGACGACGAAGAGGAAGACGAGGAAGACGCGGCGCCCCAGGCGGGCGCGGAGGAGGCGCGGGGCGGCGGCAGCCUCGGGGCCCGCGGGUCGGGCUGUCCGGCCGAGGCGCCCCCCGGCGCCGUGGACGAAGCCGCGGGCCCCGGACCCCGGGGGAGCUCGCCCGGAGCCCCUGGCCCGACGGGGAGCGGGACUGCGGCGGUGGCGGGGAGCGGCGCGCAGGGCGCAGCUGCCGCCAAGCCCAAGCGGAAGCGCACGGGGUCCGACUCCAAGUCCGGGAAGCCGCGGCGGGCGCGCACCGCCUUCACCUACGAGCAGCUCGUGGCGCUGGAGAACAAAUUCAAGGCCACGCGCUACCUGUCGGUGUGCGAGCGCCUCAACCUGGCUCUGUCGCUGAGCCUCACCGAGACGCAGGUGAAGAUUUGGUUCCAGAACCGCCGGACCAAGUGGAAGAAGCAGAACCCGGGCGCCGACACUAGCGCGCCCACGGGCGGCGGCGGCGGCGGCGCCGGGGGCCCUGGACCCGGCGCGGGGCCCGGCGCGGGGCUGCCUGGUGGCCUCAGCCCACUCAGCCCGUCGCCGCCCAUGGGCGCCCCGCUCGCCAUGCACGGCCCGACAGGGUACCCGGCGCACGGCCCCGGCGGCCUGGUGUGCGCCGCGCAAUUGCCCUUCCUGUCCAGCCCAGCCGUGCUCUCGCCCUUCGUGCUGGGCUCGCAGACGUACGGGGCGCCCGCCUUCUACGCGCCGCACCUCUGA